CCAUUAAUUUCCAGGGAUGCACGCAGGCAAGGUGCGUCUCUCUCUCUCUCUGCUACAUACAUCCAUUCAAUGUCUUUCUAGUUAAUUAUUGUUUUUUUUUGUGGAAUUUUGCACUUGGAAAAAUGCCACUCCACUGCACAUUCUCAGUUUAAUUUGGAGGAUCAAUGGUAGCUAGCUAGAGCUACUAGAGACAUACAUGGCGGAUCCUCUGGUGCGAGCGCGACCCAAAAGGAAGAAGGUCUUAGCGGACUACUUGGUGCGACUCCGAUGGAUUCCUGCCCUCUUCGUGGCCCUUCCAAUAUCUGCGCUGAUCUACCUGAGCGUCUUCCUGGUGAACACGUGGUCCGCCAUGAAAUCCGAGAAGCGUCGACAGAAGGAACACCAGGAGAACGUAGAGGUCGUGAAGCGUCUCAAGGAGAGGGAUCCGAAGAGGGACG